UCAUGAUUUGUGACAUGCCAAGGUAAACACACGAAAGUUAGACCAACUCUAUUUAUGGUUAUCAGAGCGCUGUAUUUCCCUGUGAGCUAGAAAUACAGUCAGAAUACACUUCCUGGUGGGACCUGAGUAGGGUGGAGGAUUGUAGGAAGGUGGCUGUUACGCAUACUUGCCCUUCAUACUGUGCAAAACUUAUUCGCGUACACCAAACAUAAAGGCCAAUGGACAGGUUGUGCACAUUUACAGCGUACCUCGUCCUUGUCACCUGUAUUGCCACAAGCUGUACGGCCAAGUCACAGAGGAUGAGCUGGGAAACAGACUUCAAUGGAUAUAGGAUUCACAUUUACGGAACGAUGAAAACAUCUGGGACGGUCAAAAUCAUCCACGUGAAUGUUACCAUCUUGGCAGAAACAACCAUUGCGAACUUAUGUUCCUCGACAAAGUGCAAUAAGAACCAAUCUGUGCCGUUGCAACCUGAAUUGAAAGCCAUUACAAGUGACAAAUUGAGUGUGAAAUAUGUCUGCCAACAAAACUGCAACAUGACCAAGGCUUUUUACAGGGCAACAUAUAAUGUACAGAAUCACCGAACAUAUCACAUAGCUAAGAUAAAAGUAACCUUCACGUACGUAGUUUAA